ACCAUUCAAUUUUCUGCUUAAAUUGUGAAUCAUUUUUAGUCUUGUUGUUUGCGAGAAGUCGUCAUAAAUUUUCAAUAUAAUAAAUCUUGUGAACAAUUUAUUGAAAAGUAUGUUUAUUUAUAUCUUCUUCUUAGUGAUUUGCUCCGGAUUUUUGCAUCACAUUAAAAUCACAGGCUUAGAAUGCUAUGUUUGCGAUGACUGUAAUGAUGUGAAGGAUUUUAAAAAUUUACAAAUAUGCGAGGAAACGCCUGCGAUAGACAUUUACAGUUCAACGACCUCGAUUCCCGUAGAUUUUCCCCAAACUUUCGAAAAUGCAACCGUUAAGUUAACUAACACAAAGUCACCAGAAAAGGAAGAAGGUUCAGGUGCAAUCGAAAACAGUGACCUCGAAUAUGAAGAUUAUGAAGUAAUAAGGGGAAGGCCCCCAUAUAGUAUACAAGAUCUCGAUGAAGAAGUGUAUCCAUCGUAUGAAAAGUCAACGACCGCAUCAAGCCAAAUUCUCGCUAUCAAAGAAGACCACCAUAUUCAGCGUGAAGCAUCCAACAAACCCUUAAGUUUUCAAAAAAAUAUUUGGAUAGAGUAUGAUCUGGAAUAUGAAGAAGAUCCUUUUGUAAGAAAUCGAAAAGCACAUCUUACGAAAAGCUUGAAAACAUUUGCACCACCUGUCGUAGCAUCAAAUAAAAGCAAACGAAAAGUUAAUAUUAAAAGCCAGCAUGUUCCGCAAGUAAUCCUUGAUUACGACAGUAAAGAAGAUUACAUAGAUAAUGGUUUUGUAAACAGAGAUCCUUCUCUUACGGAGACUUACACUAAGCAAUUAAACAAUUUACCAUACGCUCCGCGGGAAUCCUACAAAAGCAGCGCUGCAGUGUGCUACUUGAUUAAAGUGACAAUUAACAAUACCCUGGUCACUAAACGCGGCUGCAGCAAUUUGAUUAAUGCUAGCAAUCAAUUGACUUGCCAAUCUCUGCAUAAUGAUGCUCCUCUGGAGAUUUGCCACAUUUGCAACGCAAAUGCUUGCAAUAAAUUUCUAGCUGCGGACGAUGGCGAAAACCUUGGAAAUUCUAAAAUAUUGGAAAAAGAAAAUCCAAUAAGAGUUCUUGAAGAGUGA